AUGUUUGCAAAUAAGCUCGUAUUGCUCUUUCCUCGCUAUCAUUUUAUCGUCUCUAGGAUGGAGGCUUCAAUGCAAGCCUAUACCCUAUUCGCCCUUUUUUCUAUACCUUUCUUUCUCCUAAAAGCCCCGCAUUCUCCGUUAUCCUCAAUCAAGCCCGAACCUCUUCAGGAUGCAUCUCCCCGAAUUUCACAAGAGCCCGCUCAGCUUGCAUCGUAUAAUUUAUCUCGAAUUGUUCAUAAGGAUGAGGCAUCCGUUACUACGCAGUCGCAUGAGAUGGUCUCUGAAAAUUCUACCUUAUUUUUGCCAUCUGAAUCAGCACCUGAGAAAGGGGUUGAUCAUAAAUCAACGGCUUUCUCGAACGACACUGCCUCUCUCCAUCAAUCAGCUGCUUCGCAGGAUUUGGUCCGUUUUAUUCGUGAAAAGCUAAUGGCCCGACCUGUAAUCUCACUGGAUGAACUAGCGAAAUCGUACCAGAACAUUGUGAAGCCUAAUUCGAUUGUUUGGGCAUUAGAGCUUGGUCUACUUUUGGGAUCUAGAGUUCGUAUACUUUGUCAGCCUACUGAAAAAAACGGACGAUUUUCUACGAAAGCGGUUUUAUUAGCCCAUGUUAACUUCCGAUUGGGCGAUGCGGUACCAAGCUUUGAUUAG